AUGCUAAUUAAAGCCCUCCGUCAUGAUGCAUUAAGGUUGGUGGGGCCGGGUUUAGUGCAACCCCCCCGCAUUUUCGGGGGUAUGAGGUCACGAGUCACGCGAGAUGCGGCACCAUCUUUGGUUGCUCAGCUUCGGCUUGUCUUCCCUUUCCAUUUCCAUUUCCCUUUCUCAUCCAUCUCAAAACAUCAUCUCAAGUACUUCCCAUCAGUUCGUCCCCUCCCCCGUCCUCUACCGUGGUUCGUUGGCCAUCCCAUACUGAUGAGGACAGUGACUCGCUCUCACAAAUUCAAUGACCGUGAAUACCAGGCUCCUGAGAGUGGUGUGAUAGCCCCUCAGGAGAACCUCCCUCGAUUCUUCGGCAAGUCCGGUCCAACCGAUGCCGACCCUAAGAAGACAAAGAAAGAUGGUGGUGGUAAGGGUAACUGGGGCCGUGAUGGCGAAGAAGUCCAUGACUAUGGCUACACCUUUAACAAUGCUCGCCGUCGUUCAAACAGCAGCACACAGGGCCUCGCCGACUUCAGAACCAAGUUCGAGACCAUCGACCCGGAGCCCGUUUUCGAAGAACAGGUCCACGGCGGCGAAGUGGUGAACGAGAACGGGGAAACCGUCACCAAGGUCGAUAGUGCCAGCAGCAGCAGUCCUAGUGAGACUGAGCAGAAUGGGGCCAAGGUGUAA